AUGUACGGGCCAGUUGCAUCAAAAAUAUUUAACAGUUCAUUUACGGCAUUCACAAGAAAUCAAAGAUCACUACUCUUGAGUAAAUAUUGGAUAAGACGAACCAUGUCAAGUACCAACCAAGAAUCUCUCCCGACAAUUUACAAAUGGGCAUCAACGGAUGGCGAAUUCAGGAGAGCACCAACUAGCUUCCGUAACGUUAUUGAAAGAAAUGCCGAUUCAGGAGCUCAAUUUGUAGCAGAGAAGGAUAGAUAUCAUCUGUAUAUCAGCUGGGCUUGUCCAUGGGCUCAUAGAACAGUAAUUGUCCGCGCCCUCAAGGGCUUGGAGGAUGUAAUUGGUCUCAGUGUAGUAGAUCAUCACUUGGGACCAAAAGGGUGGAAGUUUUCCACUCCCGAGGAAUGUCCGGGUGCUAUCCCGGAUACAGUUAACAACAAGGCGUAUAUUUCAGAGCUUUAUUACAUGGCUAGUCCCGAAUAUAAAGGACGGUUCACGGUACCUGUACUAUGGGACAAGAAACUUGGAACUAUUGUGAAUAAUGAAUCAUCCGAGAUCAUUCGCAUGUUCAACGCGACUUUCGACGACUUUGUACCCGAACACGCGAAAAACUUGACUUUUUAUCCAAAACACCUAAAAUCUGAAAUUGAUAAUAUCAAUGAGUGGGUUUACGAUACGGUGAAUAACGGCGUAUACAAAUCUGGAUUUGCUACUACUCAAGAAGCGUACGAGAAGAACGUAGUACCGUUGUUCGAAUCUUUAGAUAGAUUGGAAAAGAUACUUUCGGAGCAUGAUUUCUUAGUUGGGGAUACUUUCACCGAAGCAGACAUUAGACUCUGGACUACUAUCGUCAGAUUCGACCCUGUAUAUCAUGGGCACUUCAAGUGUAACGCGAAAUCGAUUGAAAAAGACUAUCCUAAUAUUCUCAGAUGGGCCAGGCGUAUCUAUCAAAUGCCAAAGGUUGCACAGACUGUGAACAUGCACCAUAUUAAGUACCAUUACUACGGAAGCCAUAAAAACAUUAACCCCACGGGUAUCGUUCCUAUCGGUAACGGGCCAGAUCUCUCCAUACUUUAA